AUGGCCUCUGCAGCAGACGAUGACCUUCACAAGUUGAACCAGGAUGGGCGAGACGCCGAUGCCCGGCUCGCGACGCAGAAAGAGCAUGAGAUGGGCAUCAUCGCAGCCAUAAAGCUAUACCCGAAGGCCACGGCAUGGUCGCUGCUCUUCUGCAUGGGCGUCAUUAUGAACGGGUUCGAUGCCCAGGUGAUUGGGAAUAUGUUCCCUGUGUCGAGAUUCCAGCGCGACUUUGGAUACCGGUUUGAAGGGAAGUGGAAUAUAUCUGCGGCCUGGCAGUCUGGCCUGAGCAUGGGGAGUCCGAUAGGGCAGGUCGUCGGCGCGCUGCUGGUCAGCUAUCCCAUGGAGUGGUUUGGAAGAAAGCCGACCUUCUUAGCUUGCGUGGUGAUGACGGCGGGCUUCAUCUUCAUACAGUUCUUCGCGCGGUCCCUCCAAGUCCUGAUAGUCGGCCAGCUACUCGGCGGCCUGGUCCUGGGGACAUAUACCGUUAUAGCCCCUACGUAUGCCUCCGAAGUCUGUCCUGUGGCCCUAAGGGGCAUUCUAACAUCCUAUGUCAACCUGUGCUUCGUUAUCGGCCAGUUUAUUGCCAACGGUAUUUCUGCGGCCACGCAUAAUUUGGACUCACACUGGGCGUAUAGCCUCCCCUUUGCGCUACAGUGGGUUUGGCCGGCUAUCAUCUUGUCUACUGUCACAUUCGCACCGGAGAGUCCCUGGUGGCUAGUGAGGAAAGGGAGGAUGAAGGAUGCGGAAAAGUCGCUGCGUCGGCUCGCUUCGUCGAAAGUCGAUGUUAAACCCGCCCUGGCUAUGAUUAUCGAAACGGACCGACUCGAGAAACAUAUGGAAGCCGGUGCUACGCUGCUAGAUUGCCUCAAAAAAGUGAACAUCCGGCGUACUGAGAUUGCGGUUGGCGUCUAUGCGAUCCAGGUCCUGAGUGGGAUCUAUCUAGUCGGCUACUCGAAUUACUUCUUCACCCUUGCGGGACUGAGCACUGACGAUGCUUUCAAAAUGGGCCUCGGUUUCCUCGGCGUCGGCUUCCUAGGAACUGUCCUCUCGUGGUUCGAGCUCGCCUACUUUGGCCGUCGAACCAUUUACCGCAACGGCCUAGCAAUGCUUGCGAUCCUCCAGUUCAUCAUCGGCAUCCUCGACUGUGUACCAAACUACGAAAAGCGUCCCAGCGUAAUCUGGGCCCAGGCAUCGAUGAUGGUAGUGUGGAACUUUGCCUACAGUCUCUCCGUCGGACCGAUUUGUUUCGUCAUCCUGUGUGAAUGUUCAGCGACAAAGGUGAGGUCCAAGACCAUUGCUCUGGCGACGGCCGUGCAAGCCACGCUUGGUAUCGUUAUGACAGUUGCCAUUCCGUAUAUGAUUAAUCCAGACGCAGGGAACUGGCGGGGAAAACUUGGUUUCUUCUUCGGGGGCCUUGCCACGAUAUGUUUUAUCUGGACGUUCUUCAGGGUACCAGAAACGAAAGGUAGGACGUAUGAGGAGCUUGAUAUCAUGUUUGAGAGGAACGUGCCUACUCGCGGGUUUAAAAACUACAAAUUUGACUAG